AUGGGUCUGUGCAAAUGCCCAAAGAGAAAAGUGACGAACCUUUUCUGCUUUGAGCACCGAGUCAAUGUGUGUGAACAUUGCCUGGUCUCCAACCACAGCAAGUGCAUUGUGCAGUCUUACCUUCAGUGGCUCCAGGACAGCGAUUACAACCCUAACUGUCAGCUCUGCAGCACCCCACUCGCAGCCCAGGACACUGUGAGACUGGUGUGCUAUGAUGUUUUCCACUGGUCCUGUUUGAAUGAUCUGGCCACCCGCCUGCCCCUUCACACCGCCCCCGCUGGCUAUCAGUGCCCCUCCUGCCAGGGCCCUGUGUUCCCCCCCUCCAACCUCGCCAGCCCUGUGGCCGACGUGCUCCGGGAGCACCUCUCCUCUGUUAACUGGGCCAGAGCAGGCCUGGGCCUGCCGCUGAUUGAGGAAACAGUCGAGGAUGAAGAAGACUCAUCACAAGAUGUCACUGACUACAACAGCUGGACCUCGUUUGAAUCCAUCCGGCCUCCAGCUCCUCCACUGCAGGCAGUUGACGCUCAUCCCACCCAGUCCUACAAUCCUGACCCGGGACCCCCUCCACCUCCCGCUGAGCUGGAUUUUGGGGUUACCCAGGACAACGGGGGUCUAGUGGCCCAGACUCACCCUGUGGUCAGUGUGAGCAUUCCCAUGGCCGUGGCCAACGAGUCCAUCACCAUCCACACAGGUAUUACUGACCACUCUAUCACCAUCCACACAGGUAUUACUGACCACUCUAUCACCAUCCACACAGGUAUAACUGACCACUCCAUCACCAUCCACACCGGUAUAACUGACCACUCCAUCACCAUCCACACAGGUAUAACUGACCACUCCAUCACCAUUCACACAG